AUGGCGGCGGACGGCGACUGGCAGGAAUUCUACGAGUUCCAGGACCCGGCCCGCAGCCCCCAGGACCGGGAGAUUUGGAACGCCCUGACAGAUAAUUACGGAAACGUAAUGCCUGUGGACUGGAAGUCAUCCCAUACCAGGACCUUGCACUUGCUCACUCUGAACCUCUCAGAAAAAGAGGUAAGUGACAGCUUGCUCUUCGACACAUCAGACGAGGAGGAGUUGAGAGAACAGCUGGAUAUGCACUCGAUCAUCGUCUCCUGUGUUAACGACGAGCCCCUCUUCACUGCGGAUCAGGUUAUUGAAGAAAUUGAAGAAAUGAUGCAGGAGUCACCUGACCCGGAAGAUGAUGAAGCACUCACACAGUCAGAUCGGCUUUCGAUGCUCUCCCAGGAAAUUCAAACUCUGAAGAGGUCUAGCACAAGCAGCUAUGAAGAGAGAGUAAAAAGGCUCUCAGUAUCUGAGUUAAAUGAACUCCUGGAAGAAAUUGAGACUGCCAUUAAGGAAUACUCCGAAGAGCUGGUGCAGCAGUUGGCCCUGCGAGAUGAACUAGAGUUUGAAAAGGAAGUGAAAAACAGCUUUAUUUCUGUUCUCAUUGAAGUGCAAAACAAACAGAAAGAGCACAAAGAAACAGCCAAGAAAAAAAAGAAACUCAAGAAUGGCAGCUCUCAGAACGGGAAGAACGAGAGAAGUCAUAUGCCCGGCACACGCUUCAGCAUGGAAGGGAUCUCAAAUGUCAUUCAGAAUGGCCUCCGCCACACCUUUGGAAAUGCAGGUGGAGAGAAACAGUACUUAACAACAGUUAUUCCCUAUGAGAAAAAAAAUGGACCACCAUCUGUUGAAGAUCUUCAAAUAUUAACAAAAAUUCUUCGUGCCAUGAAAGAGGACAGUGAAAAGGUUCCGAGCUUGUUAACUGAUUAUAUACUGAAAGUCCUGUGUCCUACAUAGGGCGGCCUCUCGCAGGAGCCGUCUCCCGUGGCCUGGACGCCGGAUUUCACACAGCAGUCCUCCGAGAGCGGCCCCUCCCUCCUGCUAGCGGAAGCUCGGCAACUUGAACUUGGGUUUGUGACGCAGUAUUAAUAGACCACGCCUUCACUGAUCCUUCGUAUUACGAACCAAGAGAAACAUGGCACUAUUUUGAAUUCUAGGGAUAUUUUUUUGUUAAAUAUGAACAAUUAUGAAUUCUUCAACUUUGAGAGUCAGGGGGUGUAACAUGAACUAUGCAUGUGCAGUUAUAUUUUUUAUGUACUGACCAUAUGCCCAUUUGAGGUUUCAUGGCUUUCUAGAUAUAAACUACAUUGAAGGACAGGUUAAAGCAGCGGUUGCCAACCGGUGGUCCGCGGGCCACUGGUGGUCCGCGAGGUCUGAAAGGUUGGCGGCCGCUGGGUUAAAGCAUUGAGAGAUUCAUAGCACAGCUGUUCCUCAGUGACGGCAAAACCAACACUGAUUGUUGUAAGAGAACCGUCAGUAUAAGUAUCAGUAUUGUCCAGAGACGGAAACUUAAACUUGGGCUGUUGUCAGGAUGAAACGGGAAUAUGUGUCAUCUUGGUUUAAUCCUCUGUUGGUGAUGGUGUUAGAGGCUGCUGCGGCGUUCACCAUGGAUCAAAUUUUAACCGUUAGGUUGCCAUUUACUUUCAGAAUCUUGUGCUGUUUAACUUUAGAUGUUUGAGUUUUGUUUUACGUGUCUGUGGAGAAGUGUCCUUUAAAGGGAGUGUGUUUAUCCUUAAGGUGCUUAAGAAGCCGUAAGCUGCAGCUUUGCCCAUCCCCCACGGCUGUUAUAUCUUCACGCCUGUGUGCCUCCCCAACACUAACUCUAGAAACAGCUGCUCAUGGAUACAUCACCAGCCAUGAAGCACUUCUGCCCGUUCCAAUCAAGUCAGUGCCCUUUAAUAAACGUUGGGAAAAAGAUAAAG